AUGCUUGAAGCGAGGUGCACGCAACUAGGAUCCGGUCAGGUGAGGAGGAGGUACUUGGCCUCCAUGUAUCUAAGGUAUCUCUGGGGCCGGCCCCGUCCCGCCUGUCAGACAGUCAGCCACACAGAGGUCGCUCGCAGAAACAAUCAGUCCUUUGCCGCCCACUCACACAAAUCUGCACCGCGUGGCACCGACGACAGUCAAGCAGCCCGCCUUCUUGUCUCGCGGCCUGCAUCAUUCCCGAUCGGCGUAUUUGCGACAAGGCUGCAUUUCAAAUGCAUAAGUCAGGUUGUUACUUGA